AUGAAAUUAUGUUCAUCAUACGAAGUCCAAGGAUUACUAAAUGCAGGCUUGGAUAAAAAGGAAUAGCCUAUUUAUGUUUUGCUCUAUAAUUAGAUUAUUCAAAAUAAAAAUGAGGAAUUGAUAGUGAAUAAAUUAUAAUCCUACUUUCAAUAAUUCAGACCUUUUAAAGGAUUCGUCUUAAUUAUUUGCGCUUAGGAUGACUUGGAAAUAAACUCAAAGAAGGUAAAAAAAUUAAUAAAACAAACUAUUAAAGACAUAAUUGAUAAAUUAAUUGUGAUCAGUAGUAAUCAGAAUUACGGAAAGAAGGAAAAAACAAUACCUUUUACACUAAAAUUAGUAUUAAAGGAUAAAAUCCACCUAAUAAACAAUGCUUCUUAUCUGAAUCUUUAUGAUAUUGAGUUAAAUUAGUCAAUUUUGAGGUUCAUGUGCAAUUAAAUCGAGUUUUAGGAAUAACAGGCUUUUUAUGGGAGGGAUUUGGAUUCUUAUCCAGUUGCUUAGUCAGGACUACCUGUUUUUCUUGAAGAAAUUCUGAAGUUUUAUACUGACAAUACGGUUCAUUUGCAAAAAUAGGGGAUAUUUCGAUUGUCAGGUUCCUAUGACGAAGAGAUAAAAUUAGUAGAUUAAUUAUUAUAAUCGAAUUAUGAAGCUAUAAAAGUUUCAGAUCCGAAUGUAAUAGCUACAGUAUUAAAAAACUCUUUGGUUAAUCUGAAAACUCCAAUUUUUCCUUUUGAAAUAUAUGCGAUUCUAAGGGAAACUGAUCCUUAAGCACCAAUUAACCAAUUGAUAGAUAUGUUCAGCAUAUUUUUUGCUCAUCUACCAAAAGUUAAUAGAUUGAUUGUUUUUAGAUUGACAGAAUUUAUAAAGUUUGUGGCAUAAUUCGAGAAUGAAAAUAAAAUGGGCCUUCACAAUUUAUCAAUAAUAUUCGCUCCAUGUUUUUUUAGAACGAAGAGUGCAAAUGAAUUAGAUAUUCAAGGUGCGAAGACUAUAGUUUUACAUUUCAAAUCUCUAAUCCAAAAUAUUGAUGAAUUUUUAGAAUAAUAAAAGAAACUAAGCUAAUGA